GAGUCGGCGAGGCGAGAAACCGAUCUUUGCCGGAGACGGCAUGAAGACGCUGCACGUUCUUUUUGUUUUGGUUUGCAAUGUCGGGCUGGUUCCUUCGGAAGAUGCCACGGGACAAGAAAUUCAGACGCACAUCGAACGCUUGCACGAGAAACUACUGAGUGCGGACGUGUACGACAAAACGCUGAGGCCUCUUCCUAUCUCGAACGAUACUACAGCCACCAUGGUCGAGGCAUCUUUUCCUCACCGCCAUAUCGUCAGUGUCGAACUUGAUGAGGGAUGGCUGACUGUCGUUGGACCUCUGAUUCUUGUGUGGACGGAUGGCGCCCUCGCUUGGAAUUCGAGCGAAUACGGGGGCCUCACCACUCUGGACGUUCAGGCGAGCGAAAUCUGGACACCGGAUCUGCAAGUCGUGAAUGCCAAUCCCGAAGAUUUGCAGAUUGAUUACAACGACGUCUAUCUGGAAAAUACCGGGAUGAUAUUUCAGUCACCGUACACGCGAAUCCGGGUACCGUGUCCCAUGGAUCUCACCGAUUUCCCUAUGGACGAGCACACGUGCAAAGUACGCUUCUCCUCCCUGGCCUACAGCAACGACAUGCAGCAGUACGACACUGUGGCCGAUCUGGCAGAGAAUGCUCUGACUUCUAACGGCCCUUGGCAGGACCACCAGUGGGAGGUGACGGUGCUGCCGAUGUGGGGAAGCGGUGAACUACUGAACAGGACGUACCUGGAAUUGACAUUUCGGCUCCGGAGGCGUUCCUCGGAGUACCUGUACAGCGUGACUCUGCCGUGGGUAUCGUCCGUCGUGCUUAUACUGCUAGUAUUCUGGCUGCCCGCCAAUUCAAGCCGUCGCCUGACCCUGUGCUGCAUCAACAUGCUGCUGCUUGCCCUAAUGCUGCGAAGAAUGGUGCCGCUCCUUGGCGACUCCUACAGACCACCCAAAAUAAUCUUCUUCCUGGAAGGCGCCAUGUUGCUGCAAGCGCUGGUCACCGCAAUCGCCGUGGCCUUCCUCAACGUGACGUCAGCGCACGUGCUGUUUCCGGUGGCCGUGCCAGCUCCCGUGAUCCACUUCCUUACAGGAUCAGCAGGCGCAGGACUCUGCCUCCGCCACCACGACUUGACGCGACAUGGAGCGGCGCACGCGGCUCCGACUGCAGGAACGGACGAACCCUCGCUGCAGAAGCCGGUCACGAGACUGUCCGAAGAGCGGGCCAGGGAGUGGCUCCUGGUAGCCCACGCGCUUGAUCGACUCUUUGUCGUCGUAUUUCUUGUUGCCGCGGUUUGCGUAAUGCCACUGUGACACCAUGAAGAUGAAUUCAGGCAGAGCCGAAUGCGCAGUCGGAGUGGUAUACCAAAUUCCACGUCUCUGCAGAAAAGUCUACUAAGGUCGAACGAAAUGCUGGAUAAAUGGCAGAGCAAGGAAGCAUCUAAAAAUGUAAAGAAAAGAAAAAAAACAGAUGAAUUUAACUGAGCCUUGCAUUACGGACACUUGAGACCUCCACUUGUAGCACAAGCUGAAGGAAAACGAGGAGAGAGACAGGAAAGAGCGCAGAUCUUCCUUCCUGCCUUCUCGCUUUCCUCCAGAUUGCGCAACAAGGGGACGCCUCAAGUAUGAACCAACUAUAGUCUGCAAAAAAAUAUUGCUUCAAUACGUAAACGUGCGAUCCUCCACUGAGUGAGAAUAAAAUCACCGGUAGAAGUGGAAAUAUGAAUGCAUGGUUGGUCUUCCAAACUUCUGCAAAAUCGCAGUAGGCAUAGGCGUUUGUUAUUGACCCUUCUACCGUCCUGUACAGUGGAGAGAGGGGAUUUAUGGCAGCGCGUGGAUAACGCUCAUACCUUAGUUGGCGUAUGCACACGUGAUCAUCAUGUUUCUAUUUUCUAUUUCAAGAGCGGUUUCAUCCAUGAAUAAAACAGUGUGUUUACGCUUGUUCCUGUAA